ACUAUAGUCAUCUGCGCAACCUUGAGAUUCAUCCGCGAUACUGUGCAAGAUACGCCUGGGUCGGUAGCUAGCACGGGAUUUUUGGACCGGACACUGCUGUUCCUCGAAGUGUUUUCCACCGUGUGUUUUGGCCGCGUCACGGGCUUGCUGCGCGAUAGCCGCGUGCAUUUUGCCUUGGGCAGCGAUAUAGAGCGCUCUCUGUUUGCGCUGAACAAGGCGCUUGCUGCGCAUAGAGAGGCAUGGCGGGCCAGCGGCGAACAUAGUGCAAGCUCCGUGUUGGGCCAGAAGAACUUGGAGAGUCUCAAGCGCGGCCGCGCAGUAACGCUCGACGCCCGGUUUGACACGCAGGGCUGGCACGGCGAAAUCAGAGAGCCAUGGCAAGGUUGGAGGGAAAAGACACGGUCUGAUCUGUACGACACUUUGUUUGGCGAGGAGGAGAUGCUCAGUGUGGCGGCGAGCUGCUUGAAAUGGACGCAUCGCCUGCGGCAAAGUCUCGAGAUGGUGUUUCUGGGCGUUGGGCCGCCGACAGCAGGCUUUGGCAAGACGCGCGAAGCCGCUAUUCUAGGCGUUGCAGAGCAGCUUGAGCGCCAGCAUCGAGCUGUUUCUGAGCCGUCGGGCAACUACAAUGCGCUUGUUGGGGCGCUGCGGGAUACCAUGGCUGCCGAUCGGGUGGCAUCCCACGGGCUCACCAAGACCAUUUACCACGACGGCGGCGAGGAAGUCGAUGUCCUUGUCGAGCAGCGAGCAGACAGCGAUACGCCCUCCGAGUACCUGUGCCAUCUAACCUGGCUGCUGCAGGCGCCGCACCAAACCGACGUAGCCGUGAAAAGCGACGCAAAAGACGGCUAUCAACUCCACACGCUCAGCUGCAUGGGCUACAUUGAUGACCCGCUCAACAAACGCAGCCUGAUUCUCUACCGCGCCCCGCAAUCCCACCCUUGGGCCUCUAAUCCCCCCUCCCUGCACGACAUGAUUUGCAAAGGCCCGACUGCAAGACCCUCGCUCAGUUCGCGCUUCCUGACUGCUCGUGCGCUUACAACAAGCGUCCUCGAGGCUCACGCUUCAGGCUGGGUCCAUGGAAAUAUCACCUCGCGCAGCAUAGCCAUGCUGCCGCGCUCUCUCCAAGACCCCGAACUGUCACCAUUCCUGAUAGGCUGGGGGGUUCUGCAGUCCCUCGACACAAACACACGGUAUUUUCCGCUAGAGCAGAAUCUAUACCGGCACGGCGAGCGCUUUGGACAUCCUAGUGCUGAAUACCGGAACGAGCAUGAAGUCUAUUCUCUCGGUGUUGUGCUGCUUGAACUUGGGCUUUGGCGCACAAUGAGCAGUGUGUUUGCGAGGCGCUUGGAGAAGACGCCGAGAUUCGAGAGGGCGAACCAGCGCGAGGUUUUCCGCCGGGUCCACAAUGCCAUGCUGGGUUGGGCGAAUAGUAGUGAGAUUGAGAGGGAGAUGGGCAAGGGGUAUGCAAGGGUCGUGACGAAGUGUUUGACGUGGGGGUGUGGGGAUCCUGUGGUGGGCAUGUUGGAGUUUCGGAGGGAAGUCGUCGAUGUGCUGACGGGUGGGUGUGGGCUGUAG